AAUGAAAUCACCCAUGUUGCUAUUGACCCGGAACCGGAAAUCUGUGUUCAAAAGUUGGUACGCAUGUGCGUUGUUAGGAGCGACCAGGGUGUUUACUUGAAAAUUUAGACAUAUCAUUAUAAUCAGUAAAACCGCUGCAUAAGAUAAACUUAACAAUCCAAUAAUUUAGCAUAUAGUUCGUGAUAUAUUCAGGAUGGAAUCAAUCUAUAACCUGUGUGAAAAACCUGCUCCAGCAUCAGAGGAAAAAGUGAAACACACUUCCAAAUUUAGAGGAACAGUAACUGGAGAGUACAAAUCUAAUAGAAAUGACUAUAAAACUAUGGGUCAAGCUAAAGUUCCAACAAGAAGACAAGAUAAUUUCUUAAAGAAGCAUGAGAAAGAGCCAGUACUACCUGAUCGAACCAAAUUCUCAUAUCCUGAUGAAGAACGUAAAAGACCCAAUGUUCCCCGCAAAGAUGACCAACCUCUGAUGGGACUUAGAACAACAAAAAAUUUCAUUACAAACAAUGCAGUAGAAAACAUCAUGUCAGUUCCAAAAAAGGCAGAAAAGAAUUAUGUUGAUACAAAGAAAGGAGACAAACACCCUUUAGAAACAUCAGGCAUGGAACCUCAUUACCUGCAUAAAAAGGACUUUGGUAAGACACCAGCCUAUCUUAUAAAACGUGAAGAAGAGAUUCAACGAGCACAAGAAGAGUAUGACGCUUAUAUCGCUGAGCACUUCAGACGAGGAGCAAUGCAGCAACUAUCUGAGGAAGAAAGACGUGUCAUUUUGGCAGGCCUGAAACAAAAUUGGGAACAACUGCAUCAUGAAUAUCAAGGACUUUCAGUUGUGACUGACACUGCACCAAAGAAAAAUCGUAAAGAAAGAAUGGAAGCAGAGAUGAAGCAGUUAGAAAGGGACAUUGAAACAGUUGAGAAACACAAAACAAUCUACAUUGCAUAAUUCCAUAUUUUUUAAUUCAAUAAUAUCUGUCAGGACUUUUCUUUAAACAAGUCAAAAUGUUUAAAGUCCUUAUAAAUAACUUUCACCAAAAAGCAAAAUAGACAUAUUGUCUAUAUAAAAAUAUUCAAAAUAACUUGAGGGAAAAAUGCUGUUUUUAUACAAACUUCUUGAUCUGUUCCAGCUAUAAAAACAUCAUUAAUGAAUGGUAUUUUAACCUUAUCUUACAUGGCUUCAUUCUAUUUUUACUCAAGUGAGCCAGUCAUUGUUCAAAAGGAGAGGUGCAAUGCUCCAUUGUUUUGAAUAAAAGUACAUUGUAUAUAUUGUAUAUAAUUAUAUUACAUCUAUGUUGCAAAUAAAUAAUAUGAAAACUUA